AUGGCAGAGGGUAUAAGUAUCCCCCAGGAAAGGGAAAAGCGUUUCAGGAUAUUCAAGGAAAAUGUGAAUUACAUUGAAGCCUUCAACAAUGCUGCCAAUAAACCUUACAAGCUAGGCAUUAAUCAAUUUGCAGACCUCACCAAGGAGGAGUUCAUAGCACCAAGAAAUAGAUUCAAGGGGCACAUGUGUUCCUCCAUAUUUAGGACAACCACUUUCAAGUAUGAAAAUGUGAGGGCAGUACCAUCCAUAGUGGAUUGGAGGCAAAAGGGUGCAGUGACACCCAUCAAGGACCAAGAUCAUGGUGUCACUGCUGUGGGAUAUGGUGUUAGUGAUGAUGGGACUAAGUAUUGGUUGGUUAAGAACUCUUGGGGAACUGAGUGGGGUGAAGAAGGGUAUAUUAGGAUGCAAAGGGGUGUGGAUGCUAAGGAAGGACUUUGUAGCAUAGCUAUGCAAGCAUCUUACCGUAUAGCUUGA